GCCAGAAAUAGCCUGGCUCUGGUCGAUCGUUGAGUACGACGCUCAGCGAAGUUUACUCGUUUACGUCCUCGUUGAAUGAACAUGUUCAACGCUGCGCGCCACGCCUGCGUUCUGCGAAGCAGCACUCGCGCGUUUUCUACUUCGCGCGUUGCGUCGGCUGAUCUUUCCAAGCUCAUCCUAAUCGGCCGUCUGGGCAAGGACCCAGAAGUCCGCCGCACGAAGAGUGACCAGGAAUACGUAGCGUACACCGUCGCGACGACCAACUACCCCCCUCCUCCCCCGAACCCCGACGGCACCCGCCGAGAGGCAGGGACGACAUGGCACACCAUCUUCUCCUUCCACCCCUCUUCUAACAGCUACCUCAAGAACCUCACGAAAGGCUCACGCGUGUAUGUCGAAGCCAACUUCGAGCUUCGUCAGCCCGACCCCACCGCCGACCCGGACUCGCCGCAGGGACAGCGCCAGAUCUUCCUCAGACAUGAGUCUGUGAGGGUCCUGAGUCCGCCACCUCAGAAAUCAGACUCGGGCGAACAGUGAUUGAGUGAAGUCACUGGGACCUUGCCGUGCUUUAUAUUUUUGGUAUCUGCUUCGACCUGUGUUUUACUGUAACAACUACACUAGCUUCUAAUAUCCCAUCUCGCUUCUGAUGUGUGACAACGUACAAGCGCAAGCGCCAUGCCAGUCCAUCGAAGCCUUCCGAUAUGUACACCUCUUACAUCCUAUAUACACCAGCACGCACACGAAGCAUCAAGCAUGUUCAUGGCCAUUGAAGUUCCCUUGGUGCCUCAGCAUCGGAGUCUCCGUAUGAGGCGACUCCGACUCGCUUGGAGCAGCAUGCCUGAGCAGCCACGUCGUGCUUGCAUCUCCCGCCCCCGGAUAAGGCGUCGGCACCGGCUUCACGGUCUCUUGCUGAGCCUUUAGUGCAGGGUCAUGUGAGUUACAUGUAUUCUGAGCUGUGGUCGUAGGUAUGUACUACGUGAGGGAUGGGCAUCGUCGCCCCCGUCGGCAUCGAGGAGCUUGCAGGCGGUGGUGGCGGCCCGUUACG